AUGGGUGCUUCACUACGACUGGACGAUCUAGAUGAGAAUACUCUACUGAGUUUGCCGAUCCCUAGGGGUAUCUGGAACGCGACAGAAGGCUUCACUCUAAAUGGACUCCAUAAACAGGAGCCAAAGUUCUCGGACACUCUUCCGAAACCGAUGGAAGAAAUCUUGCGCGAAAAGCCAACUUGCUUGGAGCCGAUUCUGGAGUUACAAUCUGUGAUGAAAGUAGCUCAAGCAAAGAGUGAAGAGGCCAAGAACAUUCGGCAAGGCCAGCGAUAUCGAAACGAUCACGGGAGGACGUUGGGUGCAACAGGGAUUCUAAGCGGAUUCUCGGGCUCUGGCAAGAUAGAAUAUUCUGAUGGCGAGGAAAAGGAAGCUCAAGUCUGGAAGGAACGCAUUCUAGCGGUCUGUCAAGAAUAUGUGAUGCUGGAAGGUGAGGGAGGAGUCAUGCGUUUGCCCAACCUUCGACAGAGACUGAAGGAGCUCUAUCUCUCGGAAGAGUGGGUUAUGUCGGAAGAUCCUACUCAAAUCAUGAAUCGACUGAUCCGGCAUUAUGCUGAAUCGAGAGAUAUUCAACCGAGCUGCAUGCUGCAGUAG